AUGAUCAUAGCCGUAUUCGUGCUGAUGCUCCGGGUGUUCGUUCGCGGAGAAGAGGGUUCCAAGUUCGCCCGCUUCGCAGAGUUUUUGAGACAGUUGAAAGCGUCUUGGGAUUAUGCGCAGCCUAUCCUAGUCGUUGAGAGCGUCGUGCCGGAGAACAAGCAGGACGUGAAGUUGUUUGAGCGUCGCCUGUCAGCUCAAGCUGUUGUGUGUGACGCAGCGGACCUUGGGGUGAUAUCGCGACCGAGAGUGUGGUGGACUCGGUUGCCAUGGCAGGACCUCAGCAACCGGAGAGGCGCGCCUACCUCCAUGCGCUGGAGCUCCUACCAGGGCAUCCCUAAAGUAACCUUUGAACAGCCUGCCGAUGAUUUGCAGCAAUACGACCUCGGCGAGUUCGAGUGGCCAAGGAAUGUUUCGGAGCGCCUUCGACCUCUCCCAUGCUUGACGACGCCCUCUAAUGACCCUGCAGGCCGUCCAGCUCCUCGAUCGUGCAGAGGGAAGGUGGAUUCCCAGACGCAGAAUCGCUGGCUUCAAGACAACAGACGCUACGCUCCCUGGCACUACCAGGAAGACAAUAUGUGGGUCGAUGUAAGCCAACAUCGCCGUCUCGCGCUUGCCACAGCGAAAAUCAAGGAGCAACUCCAUCACCUGCCUGUGGGGUGGACCCAACCUUUGCGUGAGCACUCGAGGCACAGGGCCAUAGCAAAUGGCUGGCAUAUUGGAGUGGCCAAAUGGUUCUUCAUCUUUGGCGUCUUUUGCGCAGUGGCGCCGACUGCAGAGGCAGGCGAGAUCGUCGGCCCAACACCAAGGUUACAGCCUUCGCCUCUGGGAAGCAGUGCCAUCGCGACCAUGGCGUCAUUGUGGCGUUCGUCCCCCCUGCUCAACGGUCCAGGUGUUCCCAUCUUCGACGAUGCCCUCGACCUCGCGGCCAUCGAGGAUGCCUUGGAGCAUUGGAGCGCAAGUCGAGCAACUUUGCAUCCAGGUCAGUCCCCCCCACGGCUGGAGCCAGGGCUUGUGCAAUGGCUACCGCUGUGGAAGCAUUGGCGGCCUCACCUGCAGCAUCUUCGUGCGGCAGUGGUCAGCGAGGUUACGCAGAUGGUCGAGGACAGGCAAGACGAGAUCGAGGACUGGUUCGAAGGCCUUGAUCCGCAUGUGCAGUUGGCUUAUGGUGGGAAGAGCAGGGAUUGCACCAUGAAGCUCCCCAUCAUCAAGGAGUUGGCUGAGGAGUUCGGGUGGCGUGACAUGGAGCUGCUUGAGGAGAUGCAGCAUGGCUUCCCAAAACUUGGAGUUAUACGCCCAGGGUUGGGAUGGCGACUACGAGAUGACAAGCGCUAUGCGGAGCCGACCGACAUCGAAGAGGUCUUCCGACAGAAUGAAAAGUUUGUGCAGCAAAAGCUCAGCCGCGGCAAGGUGGACCCGUGUUGGCAGAUCAUGGCUGACGAGAUUGCGGCCGACGUGUCUCUCGGUCGCAUGGAGGGCCCUUUCGCGGCGCCAGAGCACUGGUGUCGAAGAACAAUUCCACUAUCGUCACACUCCCAUACGGCGCAGCUGUUGCCGCGCCUGAAGGCAGGGUUCCUUGCUCUUUCGCGUUUGCAGUGCAUCAGAUUGGGUCAGACGGCAAGGAGAAAGUCAGGCGGGCGGAAGAUUGGCGGCGGUCAGGCGCCAAUGGCACAGUGGGGGCGCCGGACACGCCAGCUUAUCAUGCCAUUGAUGCCUUCGUGCACCUCGCUAGGGCUGUGA